CUAUCCACUCCGUCACGCUCCUCCGCUUCGCUACUAUUUCUGCAAGGUAACAUUUCACGACGAACUUCAAAAAUGCCCCCCGCUGUCCCGUAACCCGGGGCGGCAGGUGCUGCCGUUCUCACUUUGCCAGGGAAGAAACAGAGGCACGGGGCAGUUAAGCGACUGGUCGCGCCUCUCUAACUGACACACGAGGCCAAACGGAGCGUGUGUGACCUUAAGCCCUGACGGUAUCACAGGGAUUCAGACCCGGAGCGCCAACAGGCGCGCUGUGAGCGACUCGGACGGUGACACCAUCGGUGUCGCCCUAGAACUCGGGUCUUUUUGGUUAUAGCGCUGUGGGGCGUCGGACGCAGCUCCCGCAGGAAGCGACUGAACUCGGUUUCUUUGACGGAUUAAGAAGCUGAGGCGCCGUAACGUAACUCACACAACUUGGUGACCAUGUUCUAGAGCUUGCUACUCCAUGAGAUUGUGUGGCCAAGGAUGAUUCUUCCUAAGUCUGAGGAGGAAAAAAUCCAGAAAUUGAUGGCCUGACUACCUCCUGACGGCAGCAGUGACAAGACCGAAGCAGGGCUUUGCUCAUGAUCCAUCCAGCUGUGCAUGCUAACUAUGCCUGUUCUCCAGUCGGCAGCAUCAAGACCCAGGAGCCAUGGCUGCUGAGCAGGGCUGUCUGGUUCUGGGGUGCUUCCCCUUGGUACCGUCAGCAGAAGCCUCUCUUUCCUCACAGUGGCGACAUGACACUUCUGCCUGUCUGACAGAGAUUGAGGGCAUGUUCCUUGAUCGACAGCCACAGCUUCAAACCUGCAGGAGGAGGGUCAGAGACCAUUUCCAUUACAGCUGAGGAAAAUGAAAUUUCCAUUUUACUUGGUGCCUUGUAGAGACAGUGCACUAAAUUUUAGGGAGAGGAGUGAGAAAGAGGUAGAAUUAUUAAGUGGAAACAUAUGUGGUUAUGGCGACUGACCCAACGUGAUCAGAGGGGGCAAGCGUGACGCAGAGACUUAUGACAGGCUAUACCAUGUUGCGGAAUGGGGGCGUGGGGAAUGGAGGCCAGACCUGGAUGCUGCGGUGGUCCAAUCGCAUCCGGCUCACCUGGCUCAGUUUUACGCUCUUUAUCAUUUUGGUUUUCUUCCCCCUCAUUGCUCACUACUAUCUCACCACCUUGGAUGAGGCGGACGAGGCAGGCAAACGCAUCUUUGGGCCACGAGCCGGCAAUGAGUUAUGUGAAGUGAAGCACGUGCUAGACCUCUGCCGCAUCCGUGAGUCAGUCAGUGAAGAGCUCUUGCAGCUUGAAGCCAAAAGGCAGGAGCUGAACAGUGAAAUUGCCAAGCUCAACUUGAAGAUCGAAGCCUGUAAAAAGAGUAUUGAGAAUGCCAAACAAGAUCUUCUCCAGCUCAAGAAUGUUAUCAGCCAGACUGAACAUUCCUACAAAGAGCUGAUGGCUCAAAAUCAGCCCAAACUUUCCCUGCCCAUCAGACUAUUACCAGAAAAAGAUGAUGUGGGCCUGCCUCCCCCUAAACUGUUGCGUAGUUGCAGGCUACACAAUUGCUUUGAUUACUCUCGCUGUCCACUCACUUCUGGAUUCCCGGUCUAUGUCUAUGAUAGUGACCAGUUGGCCUUUGGCAGCUAUCUGGACCCCCUGGUCAAGCAGGCCUUUCAGGCCACAGCACGAACCAACAUCUAUGUCACAGAGAAUGCCGAUAUUGCCUGCCUCUAUGUGAUCCUGGUGGGAGAAAUGCAAGAACCGUUGGGUCUGCGGCCUGCUGAACUGGAGCAACAGUUGUAUUCUCUGCCCUAUUGGCGGACAGACGGACACAACCAUCUCCUCAUCAGCCUGUCGUGGAAGUCGAAUACGCAGAAUUUACUGUAUAAUGUCAGUACUGGUCGAGCUAUGGUGGCCCAGUCCACCUUCUACGCUGCUCAGUACCGAUCCGGCUUUGAUAUAGUCAUAUCACCACUAGUCCAUGCCAUGUCGGAGCCCAACUUCUUGGAGAUCCCUCCACAGGUGCCAGUCAAGCGGAAGUAUCUCUUUAGCUUCCAAGGGGAGAAAAUUGAGUCACUUCGGUCUAGUCUGCAGGAGGCCCGUUCUUUUGAAGAGGAGAUGGAAGGUGACCCCCCUGCUGACUAUGAUGACCGAAUCAUUGCCACCCUGAAAGCAGUGCAGGACAGCAAGCUCGAUCAGGUGCUGGCAGAGUUUACCUGUAAGAAUCAACCUAAACCUAGCCUGCCCACUGAGUGGGCCCUCUGUGGGGAGAGGGAGGACCGCCUAGAAUUGCUAAAACUUUCCACCUUUGCUUUGAUUAUCACCCCAGGGGAUCCCCACUUAGUGAUCUCUGCCGGAUGUGCCACGAGGCUCUUUGAGGCCCUGGAAGUCGGAGCUAUUCCCGUGGUGCUCGGGGAGCAGGUGCAACUUCCCUACCAGGAUGUACUACGGUGGAAUGAGGCGGCCCUGGUGGUGCCCAAGCCGCGUGUCACGGAGGUUCACUUCUUGCUGCGGAGCCUCUCAGACAGCGAUUUGCUGGCCAUGAGGCGCCAAGGGCGCUUCCUCUGGGAAACCUACUUCUCCACCGCUGACAGUAUCUUUAACACGGUUCUGGCUGUGGUUAGGACUCGCAUCCAGAUCCCAGCUGCUCCCAUCCGGGAAGAAGUAGCAGUUGAGAUUCCCCAUCGCUCAGGCAAAGCGGCAGGUACUGACCCCAACAUGGCAGAUAAUGGGGAUCUGGACCUGGGGCCAGUGGAAACAGAACCACCCUAUGCUUCUCCUAAAUACCUCCGCAACUUUACUUUGACUGCCACUGAUCUUUAUCGCAACUGGAACUCAGCCCCAGGGCCUUUCCAUCUUUUCCCACACACACCUUUUGACCCUGUUCUGCCUUCAGAGGCCAAAUUUCUUGGCUCUGGCACUGGAUUCAGACCCAUUGGUGGAGGAGCAGGAGGCUCUGGCAAGGAGUUCCAGGCAGCUCUUGGAGGCAAUGUUCCAAGAGAGCAGUUCACAGUAGUGAUGUUGACUUAUGAACGAGAGGAGGUGCUCAUGAACUCCUUAGAGAGAUUGAAUGGUCUCCCUUACCUGAAUAAAGUGGUGGUUGUAUGGAACUCCCCAAAGCUCCCAUCAGAAGAUCUCCUGUGGCCUGACAUUGGCGUUCCCAUUAUGGUGGUCCGCACUGAAAAGAACAGCUUGAACAAUCGCUUCUUACCGUGGAAUGAAAUUGAGACUGAGGCCAUCCUGUCCAUUGAUGAUGAUGCUCACCUCCGACACGAUGAGAUCAUGUUUGGCUUUCGGGUAUGGAGAGAAGCUCGAGAUCGUAUUGUGGGUUUCCCUGGUCGAUACCAUGCUUGGGAUAUCCCACAUCAGUCGUGGCUCUACAACUCCAACUAUUCCUGUGAGCUAUCCAUGGUGCUGACAGGUGCUGCCUUCUUUCACAAGUAUUAUGCCUACCUGUACUCCUAUGUGAUGCCCCAAGCCAUCCGGGAUAUGGUGGAUGAGUAUAUCAACUGUGAGGAUAUUGCCAUGAACUUCCUUGUCUCUCACAUCACCCGGAAACCCCCCAUCAAGGUGACUUCCCGCUGGACAUUCCGAUGCCCAGGGUGCCCCCAGGCGCUGUCCCAUGAUGACUCCCAUUUCCACGAGCGGCACAAGUGCAUCAACUUCUUUGUCAAGGUGUACGGCUACAUGCCUCUGCUGUACACACAGUUUAGGGUGGACUCCGUGCUCUUCAAGACCCGCCUGCCCCAUGACAAGACCAAGUGCUUCAAGUUCAUUUAGAGGCACCUCGGGGUUUGGUGACGAGAUCGCGUGGAAGGAGGCACCUGCAGGCCGGAGGUGUAGGAAGCCUUGUGGAGGGCCACCAGCGGGGUGGUUCAGUGUGGCCACUGCUGAGGAAGGAGGCUGGCGAGGGGGGAAGGCUCAGCCUGGAUGCCGGCCUUGCCCGGGCGCUCGCUGAUUCUGGGCUGCUCUCUGCCGGAGCUUUGGUCAGGAGGUGCCAGGGUUCCACCAAGAUAUUUAGCAGCUUCUACUGAGGACCAAGGGGACGCGGGGUAGUCACUCACUACUGAGUACAUUAGCCCAGACGACUGGUUUGUGGUUUUUAUUAUAAUAAUAAUAACCAUUGUUAUUAUUUAAAGAGAAAGUGUUUCAGGUUUGCCUCGCAAGGCUUUUAUACACACACAUAUACACACACAUACAUAUGUAUGUAUGUUUGCACACAGACACACCCACACCCACAGAUCUCUCUUGGGGACUGAAUUUUUUGCCUGUCUCACUGCGUGAGAGGUUGCAGGCUUCAGAGACCUCCUCUUCUUAGCUGGGAUGGAGUUGGCUCCCAACCUCGCAUCCUGUCUCCCCACCUCAGGCAUCCUCCCUCAUUCCCUAGGGAUGUCUGUGUUGAAACAAGUUAGGGAAUGGCGUUUUCCUCAUCACAGCCCAUGCCCGGGCCCAUCCCCAUCUGCCCCUUCUCCUCCCUUUCCACUUUCUAAGCUAAGACUGAACCCGGGGAGGAGCAGGCGCCUGCAGCCCAGUGGAGCCAGCCCUUCUGCCUCAGUGUCUGGAACCCCUGUCCUUUGUUGUCCGUUGCCUUCAAAUCACCUGCAGUCUUGCAUUUUUGGAUGAGAGAAAGGGAAAACUAGUUGUUUCAGCUGCCAGGUGCAUCUGAAGGGGCUUCUAGGAUGGCUCAGCUAGCUUAAGUAGUGAGCCUCCUUUCUGUACCCCGGCUGGCCGGGUUGUCCCUCAGUGAGAAGUGGGACAGAUACCCUGGUGAAAUUGGUCCUGACGUAGAUCCUCAAUUAUCAGGCCUUGAGGCCUUCAAAUAAUUUGUAUUCUUUGGACUCUGAAGAAGACCUAGUUGGUCCCAAGGCCCGUGAAGUUCGGAAGGAACCCUAAGAAGAAAUGGGGUACAUUUUGGAUCAGUAUGAGAUCCCAAGGGCUGCCUUAUACCCGUCCUGGCCUCCCUCCCCCUCUUCCUCAGGUUUUCCAAAGUAGUGAUGAAGACCCCCAUGUUACUGCCGCCAGCCCUCAAGUCCAGGCCUGGGGCUAAGCCUGAAAUAAGCCAGUCUGAGUGGUUUGGGAGCUGGACACAACUUCUUAGGGACGCAACUUACUGUUAAUAUCUAACACUAUAUCCAGCCCACAUGGCCUAUGGCAGCUGACAGGAAGCUUGGAUUUGGCUCAGUCCUCCAGUCAUUCACAUGCCUUAAACUAGUUUCCCAUCUCUGUCUCUUGCUUCCACCUCUGUCCAUAUGUACUUGCUGUAACCUCCUGAAGUGUCUUGCUGCAACUGGGGUACAUAGUCUCUCCCCCCUCCAUCUUUCUUUCCCUUUCCCUUCCCCUCUCCCUCCCUUGUUCUCUUCAUCCCUCCUUUUCUCUCUCUCUCUCUCCUCUCUGU